AUGGUGGAAGCACAUGUUCUACUCCUCAGAAUUGCCUCGACCCUGUCCCAAUUGCUCACCAGUAUGUAUUUCUUGAUUGGAACAACCAUCAUAUUGGACCUAUAUGGUGGAAGCACAUGUUCUACUCCUCAGAAUUGCCUCGACCAUGUCCCAAUUGCUCACCGAAUUGCCUCGACCCUGUCCCAAUUGCUCACCAGUAUGUAUUUCUUGAUUGGAACAACCAUCAUAUUGGACCUAUAUGGUGGAAGCACAUGUUCUACUCCUCAGAAUUGCCUCGACCAUGUCCCAAUUGCUCACCGAAUUGCCACGGCCAUGUCCCAAUUGCUCACCAGUAUGUAUUCAUUGAUUGGAACAAUCAUUAUAUUGGACCCAUAUGGUGAAAGCACAUGGUAA